AUGGGUCAAUCGCAUUCCAAGGGCAACGCCAGCUCGGGCGACCCGUUGCAGUCGUACCCGUCCUUUUCGAAAUCCGACACCAAAGAAUCCAUCCGCUCGUUCCGCGGCUCUAUUCGCUCAAAAAUCCGCAGCACCGACAGCCCUCGUGCCUCGACAACCGCCCUCUCCCAGACCGAAAGCCAGGGUGACAAGUCCGAUGCAGGCUCAGUCAGAUCCAGUCGCCCGGGCUCCGUCGCCGGCCUCUCAGCCCCAGGAUCUGAGAAUGUCUCACGCACAGGCACACCGGAGCCCCCACCAUCGCCCUCGCUGUCCUCCAGUCUCAAGCGCGGCCAUAAGGAUGUGAAUGCGAUGCAGCAGAGUGGCGAGGUGGACCUUGUGUCCGAUGGCCCUCCAUCUGGCGGUCCACCUGCCGGAACUGCUUUGAAGGCUGGCGAAUCGAUCUUGAUCAAGCGUGAAAAUCAGCUGAACCCUAUCUUGGAUUUCAUUCUCAACGCCCCGCUCGAAACCUCCGGGUCUCCCGGAAUGGGUAUGGGUGCUCUGAAGUCGAUCGACUUGGACGACAUGAUCUCGAGACUGUUGGAUGCUGGUUAUUCCACCAAGGUCACCAAGACCGUUUGUCUCAAGAAUGCCGAGAUCACCGCUAUCUGUUCGGCCGCUCGGGAGCUCUUCCUUUCCCAGCCAGCCCUCUUGGAGCUGUCUGCUCCGGUCAAGAUCGUUGGUGACGUCCACGGUCAGUAUACCGAUCUGAUUCGCCUCUUCGAGAUGUGCGGUUUCCCGCCCGCAUCGAACUACCUCUUCCUGGGUGAUUACGUCGAUCGAGGCAAGCAGAGCCUGGAGACGAUUCUCCUGCUGAUGUGCUAUAAGCUCAAAUAUCCGGAGAACUUCUUCCUGCUCCGUGGUAAUCACGAGUGUGCUAACGUCACACGGGUAUAUGGUUUCUAUGACGAGUGUAAGCGACGUUGCAACAUCAAGAUCUGGAAGGGCUUCAUCGAUACCUUCAACUGCCUUCCUAUUGCCUCCAUCGUGGCCGGCAAGAUUUUCUGUGUGCACGGUGGAUUGUCGCCCAGUCUGUCGCAUAUGGACGAUAUUAGGGGUAUCGCCCGCCCAACCGACGUUCCCGACUAUGGUCUACUGAAUGAUCUCUUGUGGAGUGAUCCGGCAGACAUGGAGGAGGAUUGGGAGCCGAAUGAACGUGGUGUUAGUUAUUGCUUCGGCAAGAAGGUGAUCAUGAACUUUUUGCAACGUCAUGACUUUGAUUUGGUGUGCCGUGCGCACAUGGUAGUCGAGGAUGGAUAUGAGUUCUACCAGGACCGGAUUCUGGUGACCGUCUUCUCAGCACCUAACUACUGUGGCGAGUUCGACAACUGGGGUGCUAUCAUGUCAGUCUCUGGGGAGCUCCUCUGUAGCUUCGAGCUCUUGAAGCCUCUGGAUUCGACCGCCCUUAAGAAUCACAUCAAGAAGGGCCGUAACAAGAGGAACAGCAUGCUGAGCAGUCCUCCGGCACUGCCCUCCGCUCAGAGUUUCUAG